AUGCUGAUCGUGAUGGGUCACAUCGAAGAUGGUUCUGCCAAAGCAGGAGUUUCGUACGAGGAGACGUUUGGGGAGGUGAUUUUCGCGGAUCAGGAGUAUCGACAGUCCAUCGACAUCAAUAUGAUCGCAAGCCAAUACUGGUCCGCAACCAUGGAAUUCAAGGUGCGCUUGAUGGAUCCGGACGGCUGCAACCUGGGUAAUCACUUGCACACCUGCCGGGUGAAAAUCAUUGACACCGACACGUUUCCGUCGAGCAAGUACGAGGAUCAGCUCAAGAUGGGAGAUGAGGGACUUGAUCAAAUCAGUUCAACCGGCCUCUACUGGGAGUAUUGGAAGCUCUGCUUCUUCCAGGUUCCCGGUAUUGCCGUUCGCACCGUCCUCACCUUGGUCUUUGAUCAAUUGAAGAAUGUUUACCGGUAUUUCGUCCUGUGUCUGAACAUAUACCUGGUGGAUGUGUUGUUCAACAUGAACGACCCAGAAACAAAGGAGCGGCUUGUUCUACCCUCCCGACUUGACACGGCCUAUGUUAUUGCUGGCUUAUAUGUGGCCCCGAUGCUGGUGCUCCAUGCUUGGGACCUGGUGAAGGCACUGCUCGACGUGCAGGGACACCUGAGGCUUUACCUUCAGGCCAGCCUCUUCCGCCGCUACCUCAAUUACAGCGAGGAGUCGCGACUCUCCGUGCCUCCGACAGACAUGCAGCACGCGCUGAGCCUGGGAUCCAAAAGCGCUGCAGAGGGCUACACCAAGCUGAUAGAUCUCUUCCAGAAGUUCGGACAGUUGGGAGUGUUCACCUACUUCACUCUGAGAGAGAAUCCAGCAGCUAUCUACUUGAUCUUGGCCAUGCCAUCCCUAAUGGCACUUUUCUUGGCGUACAAGACGUGCAUGCCGCUGAACCGAGAUGACCGCAAGGACAUCGAGGCCUCUGUUCUGGCUUUGGCUGCCGAGGUCUGCCAGCGAUACCGUCUCAUUGCGGACUACUUCCAACGGCCCCAGAUGAACGAAAUCUUUGCUCGACAGACGAAUGAGCUGCGGCGGGAGUACAUUCCUGAGAAGGUUGAAGCUGUCAACAACGAAUACUUUCCCAAAUGGUUGGGGCCAGUCUUCGUCAGUAUUUACAUAGCAAUGGAUGCAAAAAGCGUGUUUGAAGGGACGAUCUCCCUGGGAACUUUCUUGGCAACCAUACAAGUCAUGAGGGAUGUCAGCUCCGAGUUCGCAGAUGCAUAUAACAUGAUUCUCGAGCUGGCGGACACGUUCGCAUCGAUUCAGUACCUGACGAGCUAUUUCAACAAGGAAACAGACCUGCUGACCUGGAAGGGAGUCAAUCGCAAGCGCAGAGAGCUGACGAAGGAAGCAAGGGACAAGGCUUUCAGCAGUGCGGCGGCAUCGGAUGGCGCUGACGGCGGGACCGAGGUCCUCUACAAGACGGACCUGAUUCCAAUCAAGCUGUCUGGCAUGUUCUACGGGUGGAUGCGGCACGAGCCUAUCUUUGAGAACGUGGAUGCCUCCGUCGACCAGGGCAAGCUGGUGGCCGUGAUGGGCUCGCACGGGUCCGGGAAGGCGACGCUUCUGAAAUUGCUUGGGCACAUGGUGUUCCCACAGGAUGGGACCAUCUUCAUCCCUUCACACUUGAGGAUCUUGCACGUGACGCAGGAGGCAUAUAUUCUGAACUUGUCUGCAUGGCAAAACCUGAUCUUCGGCUGUCCAAACCCUCAGACGGUGGACCCGCGCCGGGUCCGCAGGAUCUGUGAGCGGUUGAAGAUGAAGGUCACACUGGACCUGAUCAAGGACGACUUAGAGAAGCAGGAGAAGCUGCGAGGAGUACCGUCACCAAAUGCGGACGAGGACGAAGACUCAGGAGAGGAGGAGGAGGGGGAGAAAGACUUCAAGGGUUCCGACAGCCUCUGGCAAGAGAGCCUCACCUAUUCAGAGAAGGUGAAGCUCCACCUGGCGCGAGCUCUCAUCAUGAAUCCGGAAGUCCUGGUGCUCCAGCGGCCCCUGCACCACUACGACAAGAAGACGGGGGAGUUGGUCCUGGAGCUGCUGCAAGAGCACGUGCAUUUGCGGGGCCUCGAGCUCCCGGAGAAGAACAAGAAGCACCGCCGGCCCCGGACGUGCUUCUUCACUGUGGAGGCCGAAACGGAGGCCCACAAAGCUGACGCCGUGUGGUACAUAGACAAGGCAGCGGUUCAGAGCUACGACGAUCCAGGAACUGUCACCUCCGAAUUCUUUAAAGCCAAAACUAUCGGCUCCUUUCACAUGAACAACUGA